GUCGAUCUACACAUCCCUAUCAUAGUCUCGCCUAUUGCAAAAAAAAAAACAUAAAAACUCCUGAGUUUUUGCAAAAAAGAACAAAUACAAGUGAAAUUAAGAGACAAAAAGUCUAUAAUAUCAAUAAUAUUGGGGAGUAAGAAACUGUGAAAAUAUUCCCACACACACGCACGCACCCACUCCAUCACAUACCAGACCCAUCACAUCGAUUUUGUAUCAAAGCAAAAAAGAAAGCAGGAAGCCCCCAUUAUGAAUCCUUGUGCCGUGCCCACCCAAAGGACUGAUGAUGACGGUGACGAUAGAUGGCUAAGCAUACACAAACGCUUCAUUUCGGAGUGCCGUGAAAAAGACCCUGACGUCAUUUUCAUUGGUGAUUGCAUAUUGGAGACACUACAGGACACGGAGACAUGGCAUCACUAUUUCGCUCCAAUGCAUAGUCUGAAUUUUAGUAUACGUGGCGAUCGCUGUGAAAAUGUUUUGUGGCGCAUCGAAAACGGUGAACUGGAUAAUGUGAAACCGAAAAUCGUUGUCCUCCAUGUUGGCACCAACAAUGUCGACAACAAGGCCGAAGAGAUAGCAGAUGGCGUUUAUGAAAUUGUACAGAGAAUACGUUCGAGAUUGCCGGAUACGUAUAUUGUGUUGCCUUCUCUACUACCUCGUGGCCAUCAAGCAAAUAAAUUACGUGAUAAAAACGCUCAAGUCAAUAGUUUGGUUAAGGAGAAAGUUGUCGGACUCAAUCGCGUGCAGACGGUGGACAUAACAAAGGGUCUGGUACAAACCGACAACUCCAUUAGUCAUCAUGAUAUGUUCGAUUAUAAGAAUCUAACCAAUACGGGAGCUAAGAAAGUAUUUGAACCGGUACAUGAUCUCUUGUCGCAGAUACUAAAUGAAAAUGAACAUGAACGUGAUCUCACACCAUCGGAAUAGUGGUAUUGAAGAAAAGAAAGAAAAAGAAAAAUUUCCAUGCAGCAAGAAUACAAAAUAUCAUCAAGAAGCAACACAGCAGCAGCAGCAGAAGAAG